AUGGUGGCGAACCUCUCGCACUCCAAGUCAUUAUGGACCACAAUUCCUGGCCCUGCCAGCGCUGGCCUGGUGGCCCAUGCUGAGCUACUGUCAGGAACUCCAUUGCCCCGUCUUAAUCUGUGUUUUUAUUCUCUUGGACAGAACAAGAAACAGCAGCCUGGAUUUCCCCAGUCACACUAUUUCAUUGCACUUUAUCGCUUCAAAGCCUUGGAAAAGGAUGACCUGGAUUUCCACCCUGGGGACAAAGUUGCCAUUGUUGAUGACUCUAAUGAAGAAUGGUGGCGGGGAAAGAUUGGAGAGAAAAUUGGCUUCUUUCCACCCAAUUUCAUCAUACGUGUGCGGGCAGGAGAACGGGUGCAUAAGGUGAUGUGGAGUCUGAUGCUUGCCGUGGAAGCAGCAGCAGGAGAAUUACAGGGCAAGAUCCGCGUUAAAAAAAAAAAAGAUCAGAUUGUGGUGCAGAAGGGUGAGGAGCUGAAUGGGUACGUGAAAGUCUACACUGGCCGUAAAGUGGGGCUCUUCCCCGUCGACUUCCUCCAAGAGAUUUGAGGCCCAAUUCUGGCAUUUCCAGUGGUUUCCUAGCCUGGGCCAGAGAGGGCCAGGUCGUUUCUUUGGGGAGAGAUUCCGAGCUGCCAAGGACUCUCGGCAAUGGAGUUGGGUUCUGAGAGAGCCUGUAGCUCAAGAGCCAUGAUAUCUGCCAAGGCUCUGAGCCUAGCAUUCAAGGCGAGGAGUGUGUGACGCUACCAUCUCGAAGGCCUCUGCACUCUCCUAAGUGCUCCUUGGACUCUGUGGUUUAGUGGUGGCAGAUCCCAGAAUGGGUUUGGCCAUUACCCUUGAUGAUGCCGCCAUGGAGGUGCUGGGAUGCAGCCCAAGCUGUUCUGCUUCCUGUCUGUAAAGGGAGUGGAUAAAUGAUCGUUCGUGUCAGCU